AAAAAAUAUGUAUCAAUCGGUAUUCACGUUUUGACCGAAUUUGCAAUCAAGGUUUAUGAUGUAGGAAGAUUCCCAGAUGAUCUUUCCAAAUCUAUUUUCAUAGCAAUACCAAAUAAAAUAGGAACAACAGAAUUUGAGUUACAUCGAAGAAUAAGUCUGAUGAAUCACGUGACAAAAAUAAUUCGUAGUGUCGUCAUGCUAAGAGCAAGAAACAAAAUCAGAGCAGAAAUCUCGAAAGAACAAUAUGGUUUUAUGCUAGAUAAAGGGAGUCGUAACGCCAUCUACAUACUGAGAAUAUUGGCAGAAAAAGCAAUAGAGAUGCAAAAGGAUGCAUAUUUAUGCUUUAUAGACUAUUCCAAAGCUUUUGAUGGGUAAAACACAAAGAACUGAUGCAAAUACUGAUAGAAUUAGAAAUAGGUGGAAAAGACUUACGUUUGAUUAUAAACCUCUAUUGGGACCAAAAAGCAGCAAUUAGAAUCGCGGAUGAGAUAAGUAACUAUGUUAAUAUCAAAAUAGGUGUCAAGCAGGGCUGUGUAUUGUCACCGGACCUGUUUUCUCUAUACAGUGAGAAAAUAUUGAAGGAAAUUAAAGAUCUGAAUGGAAUUAAGAUCAAUGGCAUCAAUAUCAACAAUAUUCGACACGCUGAUGACACAGUGCUUAUUGCAGGGUCAGAAAAAGAGCUACAGGAUCUGUUGGACAAAGUUGAAAUAGAGAGUGAGAAGCUAGGUUUACAGCUAAAUGUAAAGAAAACAUACAGAAUUGUCAUUUCAAAGAAGCAAACAAUACCAAAAUGCGAUUUAAAAUAAAAAAGAGGUGACAUUAAACAAGUAGAAAACUUUGUCUAUUUGGGUAGUACCUUGACAGCUGAUGGAAGGAGUGGCACAGAGAUAAAGAAACGUAUAGAGAAUGCAAAGAAAGCAUUUAAAGAUCUAGCACAGGUUUUAAAAACAAAAAAGUCGGUUUAAAAACUAAGAAGAGAAUUUUACGUGUGGUCUACACUUAUGUAUGGAUGCAAAAACUAAGAAGAGAAUUUUAAAAUGCUACAUGUGGUCUACACUUAUGUAUGGAUGCGAAAGUUGGACUAUAAGCAAAGCAAUGCAGGAACGUCUAGAAGCGGUGUCUCUUACAAGAAUGCUUGGUAUAUCGUGGUUAGACCGAAUUUCUUAGGAAACAGUAUUAAGAAAGGCAGAUACAAGAAGAGAACUUAUAAAAAUGGUAACUGUGAGACAAAUGAGAUUUUUGGGCCAUGUUAACAGAAAGGAGAAAAUCAAUAAUUUAGCAAUGACAGGAAUGAUCGCAGGGAAACGAGCGAGAGGUAAACAAAGGAUGACAUUUAUAAACGAAUGGGAGGUUCUUUGACAACAUGUGAAGUAUUGCAAGCAUCAAAGGAUAGAAGGACUUGGACUGACAUAAUCGCCAACGUCGAAAGACACGGCACAAAGAUAGAUAGAUAGAUAGAUAGAUAGAUAGAUGUAGCUAUCAAUCGACCCCCAGUAAACUGUAACCAUAAUCACAUUUACCUUUGAAUCUGUGCAAAAAGAGAUCAAAGAUGGAUUUAAAGGAAGUGAUAAGAAUUUUGUGACGUUUUACGUUGAUGAUCAAAUCCGUUCAUUUCCAAUCAAAAUCAAAGUUGGCAUUCUUUGAUUUACCAACGGUUAACAUUGUUUGUAGCCUACCCCCAACUCCUGUAAGCCUCAGCACAUAACCAUUUAUUUGAUGUUAAAUGUUCGUUAAUGUUGAACAGCAGGCAGCGUUGAACAGCAAUAAGCAAUGAGAACACCUGCUACAACUUCGAGCCGCUGAGAAAUGAGCGCGAUUCCUUUUGUCAUUCACAACGCAAAGCAGGUGAUGAUUGAUUCCAUGAACAAGAACAGCGUUUUUCAUAAUCUAUUGAAAAUAAUUUGUGCUAAAGAUUCUAAAUUGUCAGCGUCUAUGGCAAACAUAACAGUUUUCAUUUUAACGCAAUUGCACUAGUUCAUGACAAUCUGGCCAAGCACAAAAUGUCUGUAAUGUGAUCAGUAGAUGUGAGUUUCUCCUAUUCAUUUUUUAAUUAAAAGCACCACGUUUUUUCGGCGGAAUUUGUUCAACAAAUCUCCCUUUGUUAUUCAGAUCUCAUUGGCAGGAAAAAAUAUAGUCAAAGAGUUUUAUCUUCAACCGUAUCUGGUCUCGGUGUCUUCUGAAUUAAACCAAGCUGGCUAGUGAUUAAAUGAUAAGUUCUAUAUCCUCUCGUUCCACUUGAUUAUCUAUAUUAUAUAUUUAUUCUAUUUUAAUUACCUUAUAUCUCAGCUGUGUUUAUUGAAUUAGCUGACCAUCGUUUUACGAUUCACUCCUUGAUGCAAGAACAUUGAAUCACCCGACCGGUCAACUGGGUAAAGGAACUCGGCUAAUCUGCACUUAAGUCAAAACAAAACUUUCAAGCCCGUUCAGUUUGUUAAUGUCAUGAUUGUGAUUGUGUGGUUGUGGUUCUAAUUAUUCUGUUUCAAACUGCCUAUUUUCAAGUACUUUAUGACCACGAUCGUUACUAUGGUUACAUAAACAAAGAUAAGCGUAUUAUUAGCUUCCGAAAUCUCUAUAGUUAACGGUAUGUCAUUACUUACAAUGUGCAGUGCAGAUACGGAAGUGUGGUUAGUUGUACUGAUUGAAGUUAGCAGGUACAUUAUGCUUCUUGUGAUGCAACUAGUAACCUGUAACGAAAAAAUGUAUCGCUUUUCAAUGUUUUUAUGAAUAAAUUAUUGCUUUCCACCAAAUUGGUCUACCUUGUAUGGAGAAGCAGUGCCUUCGUUUUGACUAAAUACUUACGCUAAGCAGGUAACAGGCGCCACACAUCAGUCAAAUGGAUGAUGUCGUUGUGGAAGAUAGCCGAAUGAAAUACAGUUAGGACAUCACUUGGGAUACUGAAAAUGGCAACUAUCACUGUUUGGAUGAAUGUCUGGGAGGCUGUUCUUCUCAUAAUCAAUGCGAUAUUGGCAAUCAUCCUAAAUUGUGUUAUCGUAUACUUGGUAAUCCAUGUUCGCUCGCUUCGCUCUUCAUUCAACACAACUAUAGUGAACGCGUCAGUUGCUGAUAUUAUUGUCUCGUUGAACAUAUUGAUUUCAACUAUUGAUAUCAUAUCUGAAAAUGGGAAAAGCAUAUCCAACAUGGUUUGGUGUGAUUUUACAGGAUUUAUUAAUCUGAUAUCAUUUGUCGCCUCAGUUAUGUCUUUAGCGGCCGUCAGCAUAAAUCGCUACGUUCUUGUGUGUAAAAGUCAACUUUAUGGAGAACUAUUCACGCAGACUGGUACUGCGGUUUAUAUUUUUCUAGUUUGGUUUAUUUCAGCCCUUUUGUCAUGCCACCUUUCUUUGGUUGGGCAAGAUUUUCUUAUCACAAGGGUAAGUCCGUCUGCUUCGCCGACUGGAUCAAGCAAGUCUUACAUGCUGUUCAUGAUUUUCAUAUGUUUUUGUGGACCAAUAACAGCUACUCUCGUCACGUUGUUUCUGAUUGUAAGAACAAAGAGGAAAACAGAAGCUUCCCUCGCAGGCCAAUACACUGGGUCUCCUCGCGACAUAAGCCCUGCAACUAUGUUAGCAAAUAGAAGAGCCAGGAGAAAUGAAAAAUCAGAGAGGCAAAUCACAUUAUCGAUUGUCCUCGUAGUAUUUGUGUUUUUCGUCGCAUGGGGACCGUUUGUUAUUGUCAUGUUCUUAGAUGUUUUUGGUGACAACAAAGUACCGCGGUGGCUGGACAUGGGCUCUUUUUUAUUUGGUUGUUUUAACAGUACUGCGAAUCCAGUUGUCUAUAUAAGCGUAAACAGGAACUUUAGGAGGGCUGUACGCCAGAAGCUUGGCUUGACAUCAAGUGUCGGACUUUCACCUUCUAGCAGAGCUCAAAAUUCAGUUGUAGGUUCCAAGCCUGCAUUCGUGGUCAGAACCUAAGGCUAUAUACCUAGCAGCAGCAUUCUAGCAGCAAGAUUCAUUGGAUAGCGAUGAUAAUUCAAACUGCCCAGAGCUCGAUCAAAAAUCAACUUAAACAGGUAUGUUUAUGAAGAGAAGAUUUCUAUACUGGAGCCCUUCCGAGUUCUAAGGAACCUGAAUAAUCAGACAUCAACGGCAUCUAAAAUAUUCCAGGAGCCUUUCUUAUUCAAUCUUUUUUUAUUCAGUGCUAAUACGACGGGGAAUUGGAACACCAGAAUUUACGAUGAAGAUUUUGAAAUCGAAAAUUUUUUUAGAACUUUGUUAGAAUUAUUAAAGAUUAAUCAAUGUAACGCAUGACGAAUCUUUUGCUACGUUGUUGCUUUCAAGUAUACACCAUAUGGUAUACACAUCCAAUUUUGCCAUAUUUACAAGCAAAGACCUAAAACCAGAAUAUUUCAGUUAAAUUACGAA